GGAUUGUGGUGCUUGGAAUAAACAGAGCUUAUGGCAAAAAUUCACUCAGUAAAAAUCUUAUAAAAAUGCUAUCAAAAGCUGUGGAUGCUUUGAAAUCCGAUAAGAAAGUACGGACGGUCAUAAUCAGGAGUGAAGUCCCAGGGAUAUUCUGUGCCGGUGCUGACCUUAAGGAAAGAGCCAAAAUGAAUUCCAGUGAAGUUGGUCCUUUUGUCUCCAAAAUAAGAGCAGUGAUUAAUGAUAUUGCGAAUCUCCCAGUGCCAACGAUUGCUGCAAUAGACGGACUUGCCUUGGGUGGUGGUCUUGAACUGGCUUUGGCUUGCGAUGUACGAAUAGCAGCUUCCUCUGCAAAAAUGGGCCUGGUGGAAACAAAGUUGGCCAUUAUUCCUGGUGGAGGGGGGACACAGCGACUGCCACGUGCCAUUGGGAUGUCCCUGGCCAAGGAGCUCAUCUUCUCAGCGCGUGUCCUCGAUGGCCAGGAGGCCAGAGCAGUGGGCUUGGUCAGCCACGUCUCGGAGCAGAACCCGGAGGGGGACGCGGCCUACCGGAAGGCACUGGAUCUGGCCAGGGAGUUCUUGCCUCAGGGGCCUGUCGCAAUGAGAGUAGCAAAGCUAGCGAUUAACCAGGGGAUGGAGGUCGACUUGGUGACUGGGUUAGCCAUAGAAGAAGCGUGUUAUGCUCAGACCAUUCCAACGAAAGACAGACUUGAAGGUCUUCUCGCGUUUAAGGAGAAAAGGCCUCCUCGCUACAAAGGAGAGUAGGAGAAGUGCGCGCCCAGCCGACAUGGCAGAUGCACUUCCGGAAGGACCUGGGGGCUCCUCCGCCUGGGCCCCGGGAGGCUCAGCGGCCAGGGGAGGCGCGGGCUCCUCAGUGCGAGCGUCUGGAGUGGACAUGUGUGUCCUCGUCCAGAUGUCAUCAUCGUGCAGAUUUAUGAAGCUAGUCGUGCAUAUCGUCAAAAACAGAUUCAGAAUUAGGUGUACAAUUUUAAAUAUUUUCUGCAUAUGAGGCUUUCUGUUCUAAUUUUUUAAUGUGAAUAAUUUAUAUAUCGCACACUCUAGGGAAUAAUACUGAUUGUAUGUCUACUGUGCUGCAUUAAGAAAAUAGAAUUAUUUCUAUAUACCAAAAAUGUGAAAUUAUACCAAAUAAAGUUUCUAAUUGAUUAUAUACAUAUGAACUGACAUAUAUAUACAUCUCAGCCCGAAAAAUGACUGGUAGACUUUCUGAGUGAAAACUACCUAAUACAAAUAAAACUAGUGAAAAGAAGA